AUGCUUAUUCUAAUUUUCUUAAAUUUUAUAAUAGGCAUCUUGUGUGUGAAUAGAAAUGAGAGCAAAGUGAUUUUGACUGAUUUUUACAAUAAGAAUUCCCCAGUUUUUGUGAUAGCUCCUUAUUAUGAAUCAUACACAAUUGAUUUAUUCAAUUCUAAGGAUGUCUUAGAAAACACUAGCUUUAAUGAUGUAAAUUCCACAAACCAAAACUUGUCCUUCUAAAUCACUCCUUUUAUCGAAACCUCGUCGGAAUCCAUAGAGCAAGCAUUUUGCCCAGUCGAUGAAUGGGGACCCUUAUACCAACCGGCUCGCUUCUACCUGAGUCAAACAGCAAUAGAUCUCCUCUUCUAUAAUUAAACCAAAGAUAAAAUAGUCUAAGUUUAAAACAAAUUGCACAGAGAUUUACCAAGUUUGAAUGAGAAUUUUAAAAAUAUUUCCUGCUAUUCCAUAUUCCAACUAAGAAAGAACAAUCAAUUCGGAUUGGAUUGCAACAUCAAUAAUAAUGCUACCCUCCUUAUCUUCGACCUAGUUUUCGAUGAGAAAACGUAGAUAAUAGUCAAUUUCACAUACAACGACUACUAUUAUUAUAGCUACGAUGACGAGGACAACGAGAAUUUCCUCAAGAAAUGCCAAUUCAGAAAAACCAUCAAUGUCAACAUCAUGGAUGUGGCCAAUGAGAUAAAAUUUGAAUUCCUACAGUAUUGUCCAAGUCUAUUUAAUCAGAAGGCAAUCACAAAUGACUUCCUAAUAAUUUACCAUGAUAGAUUGACUCGCCACAACAGAACUCUCAAAUUGGAUGCCUUCAAGGCCAACAUCACUGAUUUAAACUCCUGCAAGAUGGAUGACAAUUCCAUGAUUGAAUAGAUCUUCAUAAACUCCUUGAUAAAUGGAUUUGAUAACACCACAUGGAAUAUUGGGUUUUUGUUCUAGUCAUCACCGACUAUUUGUAAAUGCAACGUCCAGGAAGUGUAUACAUCCCAUUACAACAUCAAAUGCAAUAGUACUUUGAUUGAGCUUUAUCAGCCAAACCAAAUCAGAAUGGUCCAAAAUCUGAAUGACGAGGUGGUCCUAGUCACUGGAACCAACAUUGCUAUUCUCGUUAUCUACUUGGAAAGGUCGUAUCAAUCUGAAAACUUCUUUACCAUCAGUUACAAGUAGAUCUUUGAGCCUGGUUACUUGUUAGUUGACAUGUCCAUCACCAGUCAAUACUUGGCUGUGAUUAUGACUGACUCUCCCUUUGCUCAGCAGAUAUCCCCCUUCUAUUCCAAACCCAACUUAUACUGCACUAGACAGGCAUCCGGAGAAACCAAGAACAUCUUGAAGAUCUUUUACUUGAAUGCCGAAUACAAAACGGUGUAUUAUUAAUCAGACACUUUCAAUUAAUUUCAGAGUUUCUUCUAGAGUCUCAAUUAAAUAGACUUCGGAAAUUUCAUCCUGUUGUAUAACUUUUUUAAUAAGAAACUCAAUAUCAUUACCUUAUUUGAGAAACAGUUGAACGUAUCCUAUUUAUUGGGAUAAGACAACCUAGCCUAAACCUACAAUCAAUAGAUAGCACCGGUCAUUAUUUCAUUUAACAUUUCAGGCGGAUACUUUGUGUACGAUUAAUUCUAGGACACCUACCAUUACAAUGUAGUGACCUUUCCCAGAUACAUCAUUUUAUGUUUCAUCAAAUUAGAAGAUAGCAGUUUCCAAUUGAUUGCCCAAAUACACAAGCUUGAAUAGAAGGAGCAGCAGAGUCUAACAUAAUGUCCUAUCAGUAAGGACAUAUAUGUAUUCCAAGAAAUCAUAAACUCGAUCGACCUGUUUGAAGGGAUAAUGGGGCCAUUUUUAAACUUCAACUACGUUCCCAAUUACAAUAUCAGUAGAUUCUAUCCCUACUAUCAAAAUCAUAAGGCAGUUAUUAAACAAAACCAGUUUUACGAAAAGCACAAUCAGACAAGAUCGGUUUUUAAUGUGUUGAGUGCUGUGAAUAAGAAUGUGUUCAUAACUUCAAACAUUUUUGGGAUUGUGGAGAUCCUAUUAACAUACUCCGAUAUUGGCAAAGACCCAUCACUAAAGAAAUUAGACUCCGUAAAGGCAGUCAUCUUCAACAAGACUUGUAUCAUAAAUGCUAAGGAAUAUGUAACAAUUGUGUAUUCAUCCUAUUUUUAGUAAAGUUUUGAGAAGCAAUUCCCAAUAGAUAUUGAAAUACAGUAGUGCACAGAAGGAAGAUACAGAGACCUGCAAAAAUACUUGAAUGAAGUCAAUUACUACAAAUAAUUUGAAUACUAUGAUAUUGCAGUGUAGUAUCAGGAUUCGAUUAUCGUUAUAUGCUAAAAGAUAUAGACCUUUGGAGGAAGUGAAAGGUGUCAGAACAUCACAGACAUGCAAAGACCCGGGGAUAUAAUCAAAUAAUUAGUUAUUCUUUAGGGACCAAUAAAAAAUGAGAGAGUGUCCUACUUUUUUACUAUUCUUUACAAUUCCACCUUAACCAAAUUGUACUUCUAUGUUUUAGAUGUUUUUUUGCCUAGUUAAGUAAAUCCAGGUAUCACAUACCACAACUCCAGUCUUUACAACCUGUUAGAUACUCAAAAUGUCAUAGUUUCCUUCAGAUACACUUACAUUAAUUAACAAACCUUGUUCAUUUUGUUUUCUAGUUCUCAAAUUGUAGUCUAUACUCCAGGUCCAAGCAAUUCGACGAGGGAUGUUAAAUUGUACAAUUUUACCUCUACUUUGACGAAUGUGGUGCUUAACAUACCAGAAUGUCAGAACAAUAAUUACUUAGGAUUUGAAAUUACGAAAUAUUUCUAAUCAAAGUUGGCAAAACAAUACUUGAUUGUUUAUUGCUAGGAAAAUGCUAAUGGCAACUUUACACCUUAUAUUUUGUAGUACAUAAUUACUAAUAUCAAUUAAAUCAAUUUUUGGAGAAGACUUCCACAUUAUGACACUAUUUUGAGUAAUCAAACCAUUCUGAUAUCUGGUUUGAUCUUGUAUGUGCCUGUAAUAACAAAGAGUGUGUACAAUGAUUAUUUUCAAAAUUACUACAUUUACAAUUUGGAAGACUACACUGCCAGAUCUCUGGUUGAGAAGAUUGAAAUUGAGAAGAAGAAGAAUGAAUCAAUUAUAACCUAUCCGAUAAGCAACUUAAUGGAUUCAUUAAUUGCAGGAUCCUCCAUCAGUUUGACACUCAUCAUAACGGAGAAGAAGUUCGAAAUCUAUUAUCUGAAUUAGAAGGCAGAAUUCAUAUUCCAUCUGCAAUCCUAAUUUAUCCCUGUGUACAACAAUUCCCCAUUCGUGUUGGUAAUCGGAGUCUUUUAACCUUAAAAGACUAAAACCAUGUUCAGAAACUACACCUUAGUCUACAAUUUCACUAGCACCCAGAUUUCUUUUGCCUAUGAUUCUUCAGAAACCUACAAGGUGGUCAUCAAUCAGGACUAGUACAUCGAAGCAGGUGGUUUCUAUCAGUACCUCUUCUUGGUGAAUUAAUCCAUAUUCAAUGGUCCGAUUGCCUCCUAUAAUCACUCCUCAAAUUAGGAGAACUUGUCAAUCAUUCCAUCGCCAUAUCUACAGAUGAAUAAAUACCUGGGGAGUUACAUGAAUGAAGUAUCUGAGUUUGGAGAGAUUACUCAAAUCAUAGAUGUGGGAGAUGAAAUCUAUGUAGGUUUGUUUAAUCAAACCAUUGAUAAUGUCGAUAAUUACGAUGAAUUAAUUAUCGUGUUGACAGACUACUAUGUGUUGUUCUAUCAAAAACACUCCAUCCCAGAUGCCAAUAGAUCCUGCAUUUACUUUGAUUACACUCAAGGGUAGCAAACGAGUAAUUCCUCCUUUUGUUCAAUAAGAUUGAUCCAUUAUCGCUAAUUCAAACCAUUCAAUUCAUUCUUGUUUUGCUAAAUGCAGUUGAAUGGAGUGAAUGUCUUGAUCAUAGUGUGCCAAUUAAAAUACUUUCAUAAAUUAGCCGAUAACUUUUCCUUCUAGAAUAAAGAGAACAUCUAAUAGUAUAUCUACUUGGAGUAUUUCUACACCAAAUAGAACAAUAGCAUUACAAUCCCAACAUUUGCAACCAAUAAUCGGUAGUUUUGCUUUUGUUACUAUAAUGACUUAUAGCCUUUCCUCUACAACAACCAAGUUUACUAGAUGAUCAGGACUGGAUAUUAACAAUUGAAUUCAUAUUUUGGAAUCUAUCAAAUACUUCUUGCCGAAAAUCAAACCAUUCAAUUUAUUCAGUAUAAUUCCUAUCCAAAUCAAAACGAUUCAUAACCAUUUUAAUAUUCCGAAGAUUUCGCCUUGUCUGUAAUUCAAUAGGAAUCGAUCCAAUAAUUGUAUUUAAUAGUCUUACAGCCCAACAACAUUUUUGUAUAGGUGAUUAAUUUGACAGAUGGUUUCCCUGCUUAUGGGCCUGGUUAAAACCUGAUCUUUUAAGAUGAUGAAGAUUACGUAAGAUUCGAAAAGGCUGUGUUCAUUCAGGCCAUCAAUCAUUUCCAACCUCAUGUCGUCAAUGAAUCCCAUAUGACUCAGACUUUGUCAGUCGGAAACAACAAUUAAAUCUUCGAGAUUGCUUUUGACGUUCAAACAUUCCAAGCCAAAUUACAAUACACUUUCUAUUAAUAUUUGUUAUGUCAUCAUAACUUUUUGUCUCGACCACAAAUUGAGCUUUCCUAUCAGAACGAUACGGUGUUUUACAUCGUAAGUCAGUGCUUAUCCAACCAAUUUGAGUAUCAAUCCGUCUAGGUGGAAAUGACUUACCUCCUAAAUGAGUUAAAUACCAACAUAGUUUAUACAUCGCUUUUCAUAAGAAACUAUAGUCGAAACUAUUCAAGACCAGUGGAAAUCUUGGAACCUUAUUUGGUUAAUCCAUAAGAGUUGCAUUUCCAAAAAAUCCAAUUGUAUUAAUCUGAUGCCCAAGCCAAUACCUCUAAGUCACACCUCUUAAUCACCAAUAGCACUUACUUCCUGAUUGAUCUGAUACUGUAUGCUGAGAAUGGCUAUUACUUGUAUUACCCGAUACAAUCUGCAAAUGACGAUAGAGUAUGUGAAUCUUCUCAUUUAUCCCAUUAGGAUCAUUCCGUGUACCUCAACAUUACGGCAUACAAUUCCUACUCCAGUUGCUAGGCAUAAUUUGAAAUUGGGUGGAUUCAAUAGGACAGCUAGGUGAAUAGUCUGGCGUGGUUUUAUACAAUCUUAUCUCUGUUGUUGCUGCUGAUCUUGGUGGUGGUUAUUGUGGCUGUCUAUGGCUUCUGUGAGAAAUAGAGUCAGAUUGGGAAGAAGGACUAAAACCUGCCCUUGGAAAGGAUCGGAGAUGAUGAGAGCGAAUAUGGGGUGGAGUUGCAGGGACCUGGUUACAAUCAACUGAUGUUGGGAGACGUAUUCAAAGAUCUAUUGAGAAACAACAAAUCGAAGAAGCAGACAGUCUCAUAUACUGAUGAGUUGUCAGAUUGA